UGGGGCAGAGGGCAGAGAAGGUUCCAGAGGCCUACCACUGUGGGGCGGGGGGGAGGGAGGAACAUAUAAAGAGGGUGCGGCGAGGCCGCAGCGCAGCCAUGCAGUCCAAACGCGAGUGCGAGCAAUGGUGUGAGAGGGUGAAUCCCGAGAACAAGGCAGCCCUGGAGGCGUGGGUCCGGGAGACGGGCGUGCGCCUGGUGCAGGUGAACGGGCAGAGGAAGUACGGCGGGCCGCCCCCAGGUACGCAGCCCCGUGGGAGGGCCGCGCGCCACCUCCAGCUCCAGCGGACUGGGUGGUGUACGAGGGCCCCACCUCCGCCGGGUCGGGCGGCAGGCCUGCCCGAGGUGCACCUGCCGCGUACGCGGCCAGCUUCCGGCCCGGCGCCCCGCGCCCGACGGUGCCCUCCGCGCUCUUCUGCAGGCUGGGUGGGCAGUCCGCCGCCGGCCGGCUCCGAGGUGUUCAUCGGACGGCUGCCCCAGGACGUGUACGAGCACCAGCUGAUCCCGCUCUUCCAGCGCGUGGGCCGCCUCUACGAGUUCCGCCUGAUGAUGACCUUCAGCGGCCUGAACCGCGGCUUCGCCUACGCCCGCUACAGCUCGCGGCGCGGCGCGCAGGCGGCCAUCGCCACGCUGCACAACCACCCGUUGCGGCCGUCGUGCCCGCUGCUCGUCUGCCGCAGCACGGAGAAGUGCGAGCUGAGCGUGGACGGGCUGCCGCCGGGCGUGACCCACGCGGCGCUGCUGCUGGCGCUGCAGCCUCUGGGGCCCGGCCUGCAGGAGGCGCAGCUGCUGCCCAGCCCGGGCCCGGCGCCCGCGCAGAUGGCGCUGCUCAAGUUCAGCUCGCACCGCGCCGCCGCCAUGGCCAAGAAGGCCCUCAUAGAAGGUCAGUCACGCCUCUGUGGAGAACAGGUGGCUGUGGAGUGGCUCAAGCCAGACCUAAAGCAGCAGCUCCGCCAGCAGCUCACGGGUCCCUCACUUCGGUGCCUACAGCCAUAUGGCAGCCAACUGGUCCUGGCCAGGGGCAAGCUAGCGUACCAAGGUGCUCGGGCUACCCUGCAGCUGCUGUGCCAACGAAUGAAGCUGGGCAGCCCAGUAUUCCUCACCAAGUGUUUGGGCACAGGACCCGCGGGUUGGCACCACUUCUGGUACCAGGUAGUGAUCCCUGGGCAUCCAGUGCCUUUCAGCGGCCUCAUCUGGGUCGUGCUGGCUACAGAUGGGCAGGAUGGGCAUGAGGUGGCAAAAGAUGCUGUGUCUGCACGGCUGCUGGAGGCACUGAGUGAGUCUGGAGCCAGUCUCCUGUGGUCUUCUGGAGCUGAGGCAGGUCCUGUGGUUAAGCAGUGACCCCUGCCUCUCUCCAUAGGCAGGGCCUGUGUGAGCCCUCAGCCCAGCAGGCCUGGGCAGCAGCUAGCUGAUCCCUAGAGGGGGAGGGACACAGGACCUGCCCCAGGUCUGAGACAACCCUACUACUGGGGCAGGGUCCAAGUAACACCUGAGGACAGCUCAGGUUUGGCUUAAGUUGUGGGGCACCUGCCCUCCCACCCUGAACCAAGGGUCUGACUGACUCCAGUGUUUCUUUUUGGCCAUUCCCUGUGUAACACAGAACACCAUAUCCCCCCCCCUCUCCUUCAUUCACCCCCAAACUUAGCAUGAAUCUUUGUUUUUUAUUUGGGGGACUGGCUGAGCCAAAGGGUGGACUUCUGUCCUUCUACCCCCACCAGUUGUCAUUCUGAUUUUGGUUUGUUUAUGGUUUUGAGCUUUCCUAUGCUGGUUGUAUUUAUAUUAAACUCCUUGUUAGUAUA